AUGCCCACACUUGACGAAUGGGUUCGAGGCGUGCGGCGCCCAUAUCGGCCUUUCUAUCGUCGCCAUCGUGUAAGCCCCGAAGACUACCUCGCUAAACAACGAAUCAUCCUCCUCAGCGAGCUUCCUGAAGAUCAUCGCUUACGCUCUCGCACAAAACCGUAUUCCGGAGUCCUUCUACAAACUUCGGCAGCAGUACCCGGAGUGCGACGAGAAGCCUUUAGCGACGAGGAGCUCCGAGAACUCAAACGUAGACGAAGACCGGGCGACAAAGGUUCCGACCCCGACGAUGCCAAUGGGUACCUACAACGAUCGCAACUAGUUCAGAUGUGGAAUGCAGACUAUGGAAAGGAGGAGCAGUGGGCAGAAUAUGACUCUGCACAAUCGACAAUGGAGGAACGGAAGGAGUACUCUGGCUUACCUGAAGAAGUGUUCGAAUCUCCGUACGAGAUAGAGAGGAAGAGAAAGCGAAUCGUGAGCCAUACUUACCAGAAGCCGCUUCGAGUGAAGUAUUCAAAUUACGACGAAGAAGAGGUGGAAUUAGAGGAAGGUGAGAUCUUCGACGACUUAAGCGCUGUUGAGAGGAUUGAGAGGCAGAACGAGCGCUUAAGAGCUGAAAAUGAGGCACUGAGAGCUGCAUUGGACAAUGGCAGAAGGACAGAUAACAACAGUACGUCCAGCCCAGAGCAUCCACCAAGUCCACCAGCAAGUCCACCAGUAAGUCCACCAGAGUCCGAUAACGAGGACGUGCAUGGCUUCCAUGACAACCAUGAUUGGGUCGUCUUUGCAGGUCGAGGCCGCAAUCAUUCUGAUAGCGUCAGUGAUCUGGAGGUCGAAAUUGCUGGUCCAGAUGAUGAAAGAAACGACGACAUGUUCUUCCAGAUGGGGGACAUUGAGGAGGAGGUAGGAGAGCCUGAAAGUCGACCACAUGGCGCCUAG